CCUGUGUAAGGACAUGGUGCCGUUUCUUACAGUGGAGAAACGCGGCUUUCAGAACAUGAUUAAGACACUCGAUCCACGUUACGAGGUACCUAGCCGCAAAUACUUUAGCCAAACUGAAAUGCCCAAACUGUAUGACAAAGUCCGUGAGCAAGUAAAGAACGAACUCCGGAGCAUAAAAUACUAUGCAACUACUACGGACUUGUGGUCAAGUCGCACAAUGGAGCCUUACAUUAGUCUCACAAUCCACUUCAUCAAUGACGAGUGGAAGUUGUGCAGCAGAUGCCUACAGACAUCUUAUUUUCCCGAGGAUCAUACGGGUGAACUGAUAUCUCAGGGAUUGAAGGAAGCGCUCGAGUCAUGGGGACUUAAAGAAGAGUUACAAGUCUGCAUAACCACCGACAAUGGCGCAAAUAUUGUGAAAGCAGUGGAAAUUAACGGCUGGACAAGACUGCAGUGCUUUGGUCACAGGCUCCACCUCGCCAUAGAGAGAAGUGUGAAAGACGCCCGUGUUGAACAUGCCAUUGGCAAAUGCAAGAAAAUAGUGAGUGCCUUUUCUUACGCUUGGAAAAGGAAGAGAGAAAUGGCUAAUGCCCAGGCUGAGCUAAACCUGCCUCCUCACCGCCUCAUCACUGAAACACCAACAAGAUGGGGGUCUCGACAGCAGAUGAUUCAGCGGCUGCUCGAACAAGAGAAGGCCAUAUCACAGGUCCUGAAAGCAGACCGGAAAACCAGGCACCUGGUACCAACUUGGCAGGACAUUGAUGUGUUAGAAUCGAUGAACAAGACCCUCAGUCCCCUGUUGGAGUUUACAGAUGCUCUGUCUGGAGAAGAGUAUGUGAGUGUGUCGAAUGUCAAACCUGUGCUCCACCUUCUAAACACCACAGUUCUUCCUCUAGCUGAUGACGACAUUGACACAGAACUGACGAAGGACAUGAAGACAGCCAUCCUCAAGUAUUUAAAUGAGAAGUACUCGGACGUUGCAACUGAUGACCUCCUGGAUAUGGCCUCCUUGGUCGACCCACGCUUCAGAUCAUCAUAUAUAGCAGAUGACCGAAGAGAGUUCAUCUUCACAAAGGCAGCAGCAGAAAUUCAGGCACUGCUAGAGACGCAAGCUGUGUCUGCCACAGAGUCAUCAUCACCAUCACACACAAGCACAGGAGCUGCUGGAGAAGCCCAGAGAGAACCCAAGAGGAGUAAACGAAGUCUGGGCAGCUUUUUAAAAAAUGCAUCUGCUCAGCCUGGCCCAGCUGCCCUCACUGACAGAGAAGCGAUUAAAAUUGAGCUUAAGAGUUACCUGCAGGCACUGGAUGUAGAAGGAGAAGCUGACCCACUGGAGUGGUGGAGGUUGCACCAGGCUAAUUUUCCCAGGGUGGCAAGCCUAGCCAAGAAAUAUAUUUGCAUUCCUGCCACAAGUGCCCCUUCAGAAAGGGCAUUCAGCACCAGUGGCAAUAUAGUAACAUGCCACCGAUCUGCACUGAAGCCCGAGACUGUGGACAAACUUGUGUUCCUGGCGAAAAACCUUGGCUGA